GACAAAACAAACAUAAACACAUUAAAUAUAACGGCGCGUGCGAAUAUGUAUUACAUGUCGGACAUUUCAAUAAUUUCUGCUAAAAUUGUUUUAAGUUUAUAAAACGGAGUACAGAAAUUAAUGUUCCUAUAAUCUUAGUGUAAACUCGAAUUAAACUGCUUAACAAUGUUACUCUUAAGUACUUUUAUAUUCUUCUCUUUAUUUUGCCGCGUGCUUUGCCAGUCAGGUAGUGAACUUUCGCGACUUAAAACAACUCUUUUCACAACUAAUGGAUAUAACACUAAAGUCCGUCCAGUCUCUGACCAAAAUGAUGUCACUUCCGUUUCCAUUGAUUUUGCUCUUGUUGGAAUAAAUUCGUUUAAUGACGCGGAUCAGAAAUUGACUACAACAGGUUAUCUAACGGUGAAAUGGACAGACGAGCUACUGGUCUGGACUCCCUCAGAUUAUGAUAAUAUUCAAUCCAUUUUGGUUCCGCAGAAUGAAGUAUGGAAACCAGACAUUACCCUUGACAAUGGAAUGGAAUCUAAAUCGUCUUUAGGACAAACAUUCAUACAGGUAACAAUAUACGCAAAUGGUUCGGUCAGUUGGAGUCCAUACGAAGUUUUCCAAACUUCUUGUGCAGUAAACAUUAUCCAUUUCCCGUUUGACAAACAAACAUGUGACAUCAAGUUUAUGACGUAUAUGCAUGACGACACUGAAGUCCGACUGCAAUUUGGAAGUCAGGGUUUCUACCAGUCCAACUUUGAGAAAAACGGAAAAUGGGAUAUUGAAUCCAUGACAACAUCUUCAGAGACAGCAAACGGAAAAACAGUCAUAACUUUCACAGUUAACCUCCAGAGAAAGUCGUCUUUCUACAUUUUAUUCCUGAUAGUGCCAGCUAUUUUGUUGUCCAUCCUGAAUGCUUUCGUCUUCGUUCUUCCAGCCGGUUCAGGGGAGAAGGUUGGGUACACGAUUGCCGUCUUCCUUUCGUAUGCACUAUUUUACACGAUACUAAGUGAGUCACUACCAAAGAAUUCGGACACAGUGUCAACCAUUGCAGCCUACUUAUUCUUCAUGAUGUUCCUUUCCACUCUUGCUACAAUUAUCACGAUCAUAGAGCUCCGAAUUUACAACAAAAAGACAAGGGGAAGGCUUCCCGUCUUCGUCGUACAUUUUGUGAAGUGCAUCCUUUUCCAGCGUUGUUUGUGCAAGAACUCCUCAAGAGAAGAUUUUUCGGCUGAUCAUCUCGAUGGAAACUGGACGAAGGUGAUUGGUCCCUGGCUCGACUGUGAUUGGAAAGAUUUUAUUGAUGCGCUUGAUUUCAUUCUUUUCUGGUUAUUUUUAGUGGGAACCAUUGUCUUUACAGUUGUUGCCCUUGUUCUUGCUUCAAGUUAUGUGUCUAUGUUUUAAGGGAGACCAUAUGGAAACCUUUUUUUUCCGUUUUGGCUGGCUUUCGCAGACAGACCGUAGAUUUGUAUCUCGUCACGUUAUAAAAGUCAUCGUGCUGCAUUAUUGUCCUUGAAAAGGAUUUAACAAUGUAUAUUUUCAUGCUUUUUUGGGGGGCUUUGCAAAAUGACAACACAUACACAUGGAAUAAUAAAUUUUCUUAAACAGACUAACACGUUUCUAGAAUAAUGUGCGAAACUGGAAGUUUAUCCGGAUGGUCUGUUUUUAAGUGACAACUGUUGUAUUUAUAAUGUAUUGUAAUAUUUUAUGAUAUGAAUGUACAUUCAUUGUUUGUAAUGGCAAUAACAAUACGUUACAUUUUAUUAAACUUUAUUGCAAAAAUAUUGAUGACAUACAUAAAUGACGAAGAGUCAAUUUGUUAUAUAUCAAGUCAGAAAUGUAAAACUGAUGCAUAGAAGUACCCUCUAACCGGCCAAAAGGAACACAUUAUGAAAACUCAUUUUAGAUUUUUAAUAUAUCUGAAGCGUACGAACAUAUGAUUGAAAUUUAAUUGCUUGUUAUAUCAUAACUCUAGAAUGAAUAAUAACAUCCGCAUAAGAAUUAGUAACAACACAGAUAUAUGGAUAUCACCUAGGCUUAUAUCUGUUUAUAUAAGGUACCAAAGUUGUUGCCGUUUUUCUGACUGUUUGUUAUGAAAGUGAUAUCACAUAGUCUGAAUAACUUAAAUUUCAAGUAACAUUUCCGUUAGCAUCUGAUAUAAAUGUAUUAAAAAAUAAUAAAUUUU